AUGGGCAAUUGGCCAGCUGAGGCUAUCAUUUACGUGGACAAAGAAAAACCGGCUGCCGACGGUUACCAUCACGAUGUGCCAGACAAAUGGCUGCGAGCAACAGAUAUUCUGCACGACCCAAAGCUCAUCGUUGACGGCCAGCAUGCAAACGACAUCGAUCAAGGUCACUUUGGCGACUGCUAUUUGCUGGGGGCAGCUUCGGCCAUCGCUCGAAAUCGCAGAAGCUUCGUGCGGACAGUAUUCCCAGCAUACGAUAUUCAGGUCGGGGUCUACGGUGUACUUUUUAACAUGGAAGGGCACUACACGUAUGUGAUCGUCGACGAUUACUUGGCUUGCGACGUUUUUGGCAAGCCCCAAUGGGCCACUCCCGUGGACAAGGAGCUAUGGGUGAGUAUGUUGGACAAGGAGCUGUGGGUGUGUAUCUUAGAGAAGGCCUAUUGCAAGCUCUACAAGUGUGCCGAGACUUGCUGGGGAGGCCAAUCCGCAGACGCCGUUCACAACUUUCUGAGCGGCGUGCAUGGGCGGUAUACGAUCAAGGCCGCGCACAUGAAGGAGCCCUCGGCUUACUUUGAGACGUUGAAAGCUGCCUAUGAGGCCGGGGAGGUGUUGACUUGCACCUUCUGGCCUCCCAGCAAGGGGAAAUAUGCAGACGAAAAAUUUAUGUUGGGCCUUAUUGACAACCAUGUGUACGGGAUCCCCGAGGUGAAGGAAGCGCAUGGACACCAGAUGCUGUGCCUCAAAAACCCGCAUGGAAGGGGUGAGUGGAAGGGCCCGUGGUCUGACGGCUCGGAGGAGUGGACCCAGGAGUUGCGGAAGGCCUUUGGGGUAGUCAACCGGGAUCAGGGGCUAUUCUGGAUGGCCGUUGAGGACUUCCUCCAUUUUGCCGACCACGUCUACUUCAAUCGUAGCUUCGGGCCGGCUUGGAAGACCGCCUCAGUGUACGGACACGCUGACAAGGAAAUCCCAAGAGCACGGGCCAAGUAUUAUCAUCAAGCACGUGACAAACAAGAGCUCAGCUACAAGAAAGGUGAUGAGAUCGAGUCGGAAGACGCCCGGGGCCGCUGGAUGAAAGGCAAGCACCUCAAGAGCGGUGAGGUGGGCAAGUUCCAGCGUAAGCAUGUGGACUUCCAGUGUAAGGCCGUGUACAAGUUCGUGUUUUCGGUCCAGGAUGUGGAGGAGGGUUCGCCAAUCUUCUUGGCAUUGAUGCGGGAGGAUCACAAGCAACGGCGCGAGUACACAACGGUGACGUUUUGGGGCGAGGAGAUGAACAAGCUGGUCAGAGACUGUCCAACUUGCUUCUUCUAUGCCCAAACUUGGGCAGGCAAGACGCUCCGCAAUCGUGAGGAGAACGAGCGUCUAUCUUGGAUUUCCGUGGAAGUGAAAGAGUGCCCGUGCACCUUGUGGCUGACGUGUCCGGGUGGUCAUGGUGAGACAUGGACUCUGCGUGGGUUUGUGCCGCACGGAUCCUGCAGCAUCGUCAAGCAGGAUUGCACCUAUGCUGACUUCCUGGAUGAAACUAAGCACUUUUUCUGA